CAUCGAUCCACACUCCUAGUCUUGCAGUCAUAGAAUGCUCUGUUCGAGAGCUCGCGCUGUAGUCUACGCUUUGAGGCAGGAAGCUUCAGGGAGAAAUUUCAACGAAAUUCAUCAUGUAUCAAAGGUGUAUAAGCCUGGGCUAGACAACUUUCUGCUGCGAUCAACAGCGCGGGACGUCAACGAAGGUCCGCAGUCUGGCCACGGCGAAAGUGUCUCUGCAUAAAAGCGAGGUUUUCGUGGGCAUUCUCCCAACAUCCAACAUGCUCGAUCCUACCACAUCGCCGCGAACGUACUGGGGAGCGCUCUACAUCGGCCUCUCCGUCACCAUCAUCCCGACGCUCUUGUUAUGUUUGAUCACGAUGCCCUUCCUGGGCGCGCUGGUCCGCUUCCGCGCCAACUACGUUCCAAAGUCAACCAUCCGGCUGCUCACGGAUGGCGAAGAAGCUGCUCCCAGUGAACGCUCGCCGUCGUAUUUCGGCAUGCUGUUCAGAGUCUAUCGACUCGAGGGCUGGGCUGGGUUCUAUAAGGGACUCCUGCCGUAUCUCGCAGAGUCGUAUUUGGCCAUCCUGAUCGUCACACCCAUCGCACUGAGCCUCACAGUGAGGGACAUCACCAACCCACCCGCCGGCAAGCUUCCCCUCGAAGUAGAGAUGCCACUGUACAUCAUCAGCAGCGCUCUGAUGGUUGUGGUCCUCCCAUUCGAGAUCGUCCUAAAUCGCGCAAUAACCACCACGGCCAAGCUACCGUGGUCGCUCGCCCCCAGGCCCGCCCUCAAGACGCUCCUCUCCGCAUCCGAAUACGCCAACCCGCUCAAGCUGUACCUCACACCGGGCCUCGUCCUCGCCGAGGUCAUCCGCGGCGCCCUCACGCCCCUCAUCAUCUUCGCCCAGCGCCACAUCGAGCGCGCGGCCGCGUCGCGCGGCCUCGCGCCGCUCGGGGAAGCCGCGCUCCUCGUCGGCCUGGGCCUCGUGUUCGUCGCGCUGCAGACGCCCGUCUCCGUCAUGCACGCGCGCCUGACGCUGCAGCGGCGCGGAGCCCCGGCGGGCGAGUCCGAGCUCGCGUUCGAGCCCGGCGUCGGGGAGGCGGUCGUGAUGGGCGAGCGGAGCGGCGCGCAGGACGGUGUGGCGCCGUACACGUCUUUCGUCGACUGCGCGCGCAAGAUGAGGAGGGAGGAGGGGCUCGGGGUCUUUGCGCGAGGGUGGUGGAUCGUGGCGCUGCAGGCCGCUACCGUGUUGUUGUCCGCGCUGGUGACGCGCUGGCUCUAAUGUGUCGCGGUGCCAUGCGCACGCGGCCUGGCGGAGUGUCGGUAUCGACUAUAGCCCAGAUGAUGUGAUUUCAGAUUGAUGACUGUAUCCCCUACUCACCCUUGAAUGUAUAAUGUUGAGCAA